AUGAAGGUAUAUAUACACCCCACCUUCCCUGCACACCCGUCACUCGCCCCUCCCUCCACCAUGGCUCUCAGGCGCCUGUUGCUGCUGGCCCUCCUGCCGCUGCUGCUCGACGCGGCCCCUGCUAACUCCAAGAAAACCAAGGUAUCCGUGUACUAUGAGUCGCUGUCCCCGAAGAGCAAGGCGUUCUUCACCGAGCAGCUGUACCCCGUGUGGCUGGACCUCAAGGAGUACAUCGCUGUGGACCUUUACGUGUACGGCAGGACCACGGAGGAAGUGGGCACGACGGGGUACAAGUUUGAGUGCAUCCACGGAUCUGACGAGUGUGUGGGCAACGUGAUGAUGAUGUGCGCCAAGAUCAACAUCCCCACGGUGGAGCAGUACAUGGGCUUCUCCAACUGCAUCAUGGAGGAGUUCCAGGGAGCCGCCAAGUCCGUGGAUUGCGCCACCAAGUUUGCGAUAGACUACACCCCCAUCGAGCAGUGCGCCUCCACCUUCGUCGGGCAGCACCUCCUCCACCAGACGGGACUCAAGCAGCAGACGCUCAGCCCCGCCCUUGAGUCAGCCCCCUGGAUCCUCAUUAACGAUGUGUUCACGGAGGAGCAGAUGAUGGCGGCUCGUCAGGACCUGCGCAAGGUGGUGUGCGCGGUGAACAAGGAAGUGCCGGCGACCAAGUGCAAUUAGGAACACACGAAGGACGCGACUUUACGAGCAGAAUCUUGUUAAUGUUUGUUAUUCGAGGCACUGUUAUUUAUUGUGCGGUGAGGGAGAAGAGGAGUUGCUGCUUCUCUCAUUAGUAGCUUGUGAGGGGAAAAUGAGCUUACAAUACUUCGCUUUUUGGACAUAUCAGUCUCUUGGGUGUUUAUGGUCAUGCAAGUCAUUAACAAGUAGUUUUAGCGUUGACUCGCCAGUGUGUGAAGUGUUCAUGUAGACGUGUUAUCAUUGAGUGCCAGUAAAUAAUGUACAAAGUUGUCUUGUAUUCUUUUUACGUCUUCUUUUGGAUUUCUACAAAUUUCUGAUAAGUAUUUUUCUGUCUCUUUGUCCUCAGAAAUUUCUUGUACUUGUAAGAAGUUAAAAACCAAACCAAGCAAUUAUAUAGUAUUAAAGUCAUACCACCGACACCAACCAUACUCGUACUUUCCCUUAUUUCGUUUAAAAAAUUUUUAUAUCAAACCAGCAAAAUUCUCUUUUCCCUUCCUCUCUUCCUCGAAUCUCUCUCUCCUUCCGCACCUCU